AGGCGAGCAAGAUGGGAUUGCCGACAACGCAUCCGGGUGCGACGGGUUUAUCGUUUUUCUGUCACAACGGCGAACACCUGACGCAACCGCCUCCUGCUCACAUGGGUAUCCCGCCUUACCAGCUCGAUCCAAAAACGGCCGCAGGAGCCAUGGGAGCAAUGGGUGCUAUGGGAGAGUACUGGCGAGGACUGCAACUUGGGUUGCGAGCGUCGCCUGCGGCCGGUAACGGAGCACCUGGAACGAGUCCGCCGCCACCUCCGCCACCAGCUGUCGGUCUCAGCACCGGAGACUGGAAACGCCUUGGACCUCUGCUUGCUGCUACUGGUUUGACGAGGCCUUCGAUGUUUCCGUACUCACCAGCGCAGUAUUCUUAUCCUAUGCUUAGUCCAGAAAUGUCACAAGUCGCCGCAUCAUGGCAUACGCCCAGUAUGUACCCCAUUUCUUCAGGAUCAUCAGGAUUUCGAAGUCCGUAUCCAUCAUCGUUACCUAUUACUAGUACAACUCUUCCCAGUGAUUUCUACAGGUUUUCACCGACCGGACUGAUUCCAUCUCAUCCGCAUGCCGGGCUUAGUCCGCACGCACAUCCUCACCACGUGCAUUCACUAACAUCACAUCCCGCAAUCGUGACGCCGGGGCCCAAACAAGAAUUACCGCACCAGAAUAAUAACCACCGAUAUGCAAGGUCAUCUUUGGAUUCUAAAAAUUCAACAGCGGCCCAAAUAGACAAACAAAAUGGACCUGAUGCAGGUAAUUCUGCAGCAGAUAAGAAAAAGCCACAUAUCAAGAAACCCUAA